AUGGAUUACGGUCAGAAGAAGAUCGCUGAACUGAAGAUUGAGCUCAAAAAAAGGGGCGCAAAAGUCACUGGUAAAAAGGAAAAGCUCAUUGAAAGGCUAAAUGACUAUGACAGAAACAACAACUUUAAACCAAAUAAAAAUAAUAAUUCUAACCUCUCAAGUCAAGUUCAUUCAGAAAAUACAAAAUCCCUCACUUAUUUUGCUUCCAUUGCCAUAUGUAACGAAAGCGGAUGUAUUAUACAAUCGGUGUGUGACUGUAUAGCAGGAAAAGGCCCAAAAGCCAUUUGUAAGAAUGUGUCCGUUUUGUGCUAUGCUAUAUUCAAAUUCCGAGAGCAAAAUGUAUGGUUAAUUAAACACACUCCAAUACAAAAAAAACAAGUAUGGCAUGCACCUAAAAAAAAUAAACUUGAUGUUUCACCACAAAAAGCAGAGAAUCUUUCAUAUGAAAUAUCAGAAUACAAUGUUUGCAAAAAAAGAAAAGAAGUAACUACUGACUCAGCGAAGGAAAUUGAAAAGACAACCAAAAAUCAGACGAAGACAAAGUUAUGGUUUACAGAACGAUCUUUUCGAGUAACUGCUUCAAGAGUCGGUGAGAUUUGUAAAUUUACUGCUAAAAAGGACCAGGAAAAGUAUGCACAAAACCUUAUAUGUAAUAAGAAAAUAGUAAGCACGGCCUUUGAAUGGGGCCUUAGAAUGGGGUCUAUGGAAACCACAGCAAUUGAAUCAUGUGAGGGGAAAGCUGGUAAAAAAGUAGAACGCUGCGGUUUAUAUGUUUCUGUGCAGUACCCUUUCAUCGGCGCUUCUCCUGAUGGAUUGCUUGAAGAUAACAAAAUCUUAGAAGUUAAAUGCCCAUAUUCCAUAAAGGAUGAAAUCAUUGGAGUCAAUAAUUAUUCCCAUUUAGAGCAUAAUUUGGAAUAUUUGCAACUGAAAAAAACAAGCAACUAUUAUUACCAAAUCCAAACACAGUUACUUGUCACAGGUAGAGAUUGUUGUGAUCUAUUUAUAUGGACCAAUGUUGAUGAAAAAAUAAUAAAUGUUUAUAGAAAUGAU